AUGCUUCUUUUUGUUUAUGGAACAUUACGUCGCGGUUUUAACAACAAAAAUUCUGAAAAAUUAAAUUGUAUAUCUAAAUGGAUGGGUAAAGCUAUUGUUCCAAAUGCAAAAUUAUAUUACAUAAAGGGGGAUGAAUUUGAUUAUCCAGCUAUGGUUUUAAAUUAUAAUGAUGGAAUAUACAAUGAUGAGGAUGAAAUUAAACAAACUUGUUCAACUACCUCUGUAAAGGGAGAUGUCUUUCAAUUACUCGAUCCAGAAUCAACUUUUGUUUGGUUAGAUGAAUAUGAAGAAUGUGGACCAGAAAGCCCUCAACCAACCGAAUAUUUAAGAAAACAAAUAAAAGUUAAGUUAGUUGAGGAUGGAAAUGGAAUGGAAAUUGUUGAAAAUUGUUGGAUAAGUGUAAAUACUUAUAUUUGGAAUUGGCCUGUAAAGAAUGAAAAUGGGGAUUUAAUUGCGCCUGUUGUUGAAUGUAUUGAAAGUGGAGAUUGGUUAUUACAUACGAAUAAUAAAAAUGAAUUAUUUUUUUAAUUGCGGAACGGCGAUGGGACUUGAUCCUAAGAGCUCUCCGAUGGAAGAUUGUGAACCUCUCUAGUAUCCCAGCACUAACUUUUCGUU